AUGAAUUCGUAUUUAUUACAUUUGUUUGUCAUCUCGCUUCUAUUCAUUAAUCAUGUUUUGGCUUACGGAUAUGUUGGUCAUGAAAUUACUGCCGUAAUUGCCCAAAGAUUUCUCACGCCUGAAGCAAGAAAAAAUGUACAACUACUACUUCCGAAAGAAGCAAAAGGGGAUCUAUCUUUCAUCGCAUCAUGGGCCGAUAGAGUAAAAUAUACGCCAGAAUAUAACUUUACUUCGAGAAUGCAUUUUUUUACACCACGGAAUGAUAAACCUCCAAAUCAGUGUUUUGCUAUGUAUAUCCCAGGAAGAAUUGAUUUGCUAAAUGCUAUACAUAAUUAUACUAAUCGUUUAGAUCCAAACAAUGAUUUGGCUUUUUGGCCUAGAGCUGAGGCAUUAAGAUUUCUUGUGCACUUUAUUGGAGAUUUACAUCAGCCUUUACAUGUCACAGCAAGACUUAGAGGUGGGAAUGCAAUAUUUGAAGGUCAUAAAACCAACCUACACUUUAUUUGGGAUUCGAGAUUAAUAAAUAAGCAUAUAAGGGAACUUGGAUAUAAUCAAACUUUCUCAGACGAUCAUCAAAACAUUACUAAUGGUGGUCGUUUUUAUGAUCCAUACGUUAGACAUAUUUUAAGAUUAAUGAAAUCAGUUUGGAAGCAAGAAGUAUCCGAAUGGAUUGUCUGCAAUAAUGUAGGAUAUACUUUUGAAAAAGAAACGCAGGAAUUAUUUAAUUCUAAUAAAUUUGGUAACAAAAAUAAACAAAUUCUUCUUGGGUUGAACUCGCAAGAAGCACAAAAAGAAUAUUCUUCUUUAGGGAAGCAAUAUCCUUCAGUUUCUUGUCCCGAAUUUUGGGUUAUUCCAAUAAAUAAAUUAAAUUGUCAAAUAGUUUGGAACGGUUAUAAACCCGAUAUAGAAUUAGAUGAGGGUGAGUAUUAUGAAAGAAUUAAACGAACUAGAAUCGUUGAAAAAUUAUUAGCAGUUGGUGGGAUUAGGAUUGCUGCUGUGUUAAAUAGUUUAUUGGGAUAA